AUGCAUAUACAGAAUACAGUCACCACAUUCAUAUUCGUAGCAUUAUUUUGUUUAACAAACAGUCUCUAUUUUCGUAUAGCUCAUUUACCUUCAUAUAAUCAAAAUUGUUGUUUAUCCAUACAUCGUUGGAUUGCUCGAUCACAAUGGUCAAAUGUUGAACGAAAACAAUCUCACAAUAGAUUACCAUUACGAUAUUCAUUUAAAUCACGUCUAUUUCUACAAUCGAUGACCAACAAUCUAUUUGGUUUUACUUGUGGUCAAAUGUUUUUCAUAUCAAAAUUCAAAUACAUACAAAUGUUUAUCUUGAAUUUUCAUAUGGCUAUUAAAUUCUAUAAAAAAAUUUGCUUAACAGCGGUCGGAACAUUUGAUCAUUACCCCAUUGCUUAUCAAAUGAAAAAAAAUCUUUCCUAA